CUGCAGCAUUGCUCGCGCUCAGGACUAACUCAGUGCGUUUCUGACUGCCAAGACCUUCGCAAUACUUUUCCUCUAUCUUGCUUCUAGCUUGCGCGCCUAUUUUCCCUUUGCGUGGGAAGUGAUACGCGUUUACUCGAGUUAGCGAAGGAGAGGUUCAUUGCUCAACGUGUCAGAGGUCGGCGCUAGUGGCGCCCAUUGAGCGCUCAAGCGCCCACAGUUGGCAUAAAUAAGAUUUUCCUCGCCGUCUCCCUUCGUGUCCGUCCCAUUUUUGAUCACGCUCCCACUCGUCCUACACUCCUUUACCAUGUUGUUACCGACUGUACAGGUCGGCUUCGGCAUCUUACGAUACCUGCUUCCCCUACUUCUGCUCGUCGGCCUAUCAAAGCAGACUAGUCUGCCAUACACCUCCCGCGCUGCAGCAGAUGAUAUCUCCACGAUGACGGAACGGCGUAUCGCCGCCAUCGUGGACUCGCAGAGUACAGGCAGUGUCGGCAGCUGGCUUUCCAGUCUCGAUAGAGGACAGGGCAAAUGGCCCGACAGUCAGAUCAACUACGCUACUGGAUGUAAUGCCCAACGCGCGAACUGGCCCGCGCUGAACCACUGGAACAGGAUUGUGGCGAUGACUGCCGCCUGGCACGGCGGCGCACCUAACCAAGAUAGCAAAUGGGUUCAAAACAAAGAUCUUCGCAGCGCUAUAUCCUCGGCCAUGGGGUACUGGUUUUCACACGACUACAAGAACGACGCGUGUGUGAAUGGUGACUUCCAUGGUAAGAAUGCGUGCCCCUGCGGUACACCUGGAUUCUGGAAUACCAACUGGUACAGCAACGUCCUCGGUCUACCUCUGCUCGUCUCGCAGACCUGCCUCGUGCUCGGCGAUUCCCUAUCCAACUCCGAGCGCAACUCCUGCACCCACAUCACUUCGCGCGCCUACGCAACCUUCAACGCGAACGAGGGCUACCUCACUGGCGCCAACGUACUCGACCUGGCCAAAAUUGGUGCCGACGAUGCCAUGCUGAUGAAGAACACGACGCGGCUCACCGAUGCCUACUCCCGCGUACACGCGCAGCUCGUAUACAGCGAGAAGGUUAAGAACGACGGCGUCAAGGCGGACGGCAGCUUCCAGCAGCAUGGCGGGCUCUUGUACAACGGCAACUACGGCAACGUCUUCGCAAAGGACGUCAUGGAGCUCGAGAUCAAUGCUGCUCAGACGCAGUUUGCCGCUAAUCAGGAUCAACUUGGUGUCUUUGCGGCUCUUUUGGACUCAGAUCGAUGGAUGAUCUUCGACAAUCAGAAGACCUCCAUCAUGCACUGGGACUUCUCUGCUCUUCCUCGUUUUAUUGCUUUCCCCACUGCCGACUAUCAGCCUACCCAUGAUAUUGGUAUCAAUCUGACCGCAGUCGAGACACUCGGACGUCUUUCGGGAAACGCUGUGAUCACCGACGUGGCUAAUAGCCUCAAGGGCGGCUCGGACGGGGCCAACGCGGGUAAACUGGAAGGGAAUCGCUUGUUUUAUGCAAAUGAUUAUAUGGUACACCGAGGCAGAAACUAUGUCUCUACGCUCAAGAUGUACUCGGAGCGCACAACGAACUCAGAAUGCACGAACUCAGCGAAUCCUUUCGGCUUCCAUCUCGCCGAUGGUACUCUCUAUACAUACGUCCAAGGCAAUGAGUAUGAAGACAUUGCCGCCGCCUGGGACUGGGACAUGAUUCCCGGCAUCAGUGUCGACUACAAGGGCACCACACUCGAAUGCAAGUCCACGACAGCUACAGGCAAGCACUCCUUCGUCGGUGGUGUCUCCACCGGCGACGUCGGCAUUGCCGUCAUGCGCUACACCAACCCCAUCACCGGCAAGUUCUCCUUUCAGAAAGCGUGGUUCUUCACCGCGGACGAUACGCAGCGCGUGCUCAUCGGCAACAUCAACAACACCUCGCCCGUUGAGGUGCGCAGCGUGCUCGACCAGAAGCGCCACAGCGGCGACGUCUACAUCGACGGGCAGGUGUCCGGCGGUACGACGAAGCAGGGGCCGCAGUCCCUUUGGCACGCCGGCGUCGGGUACACCUUCCCCAACAAUACCUCCGCAAAGCUGACUGUCGCCACGGGAAACAAGUCGGGCGCGUGGAACAAGAUCGGCACGUCUGGUCAGGGCACCACCACCGUCGACCUCUUCUCCGCCUACCUCGUCCGCACGAACACCUCGCAGCCGCUCGAGUACACCAUAUUUCCUGGCACCGCCGACCAGGGCGCAUUCGCGAGCAAGGCGGCCGCCUCCGCGCUCCAGACCGUGCAGAACGACGCGCACAUAUCCGCUGUGUACGAUAGCGCGGCCAAGGUCGCCUAUGUCGUGUUCUGGGACGAGAAGGGCGGCGCGGUCAGCUUCCCUGAUGGCUCGAACAUUAGGACGAACAUCGCGUCGACGGUGAUCUACGACGCUGGUGCAGGGAAGGUCUUUGCCUCCGAUCCCACGCAGAAGCAGACUCAGCUGCAACUAGCGAUCACUCCCGCUGGUCAACCCGCGGUAUUUAAGACGCUGAAUCUACCUACGGCAGGAAAAGCUGGGUCGGGGGUGUCAUUUGAUCUCUGAGCUUGUGUGUAUUACUAAAGCUCUCUCUUCAUACUCAAUCCUUGACGACUCUGACCAUUACUGAUAACGAUGUAUAUCCUAUAUAUUUACUGACUUGUCAAUUGUCUUCUUGGGCGAUGCUUAUACCAUCGCAUGGAAUCCAAAGGGAUUAUAGCG